GUAUGCAGGUCAUGUAACGAGAGCAGCAUUUGAAGACAAAAAGACUGGUUACACAUAUAAACAUGGAAAAUCUAACUGCAAAGUUUUCUCAUCAAACUCGUUUGACGAACAGUCGUGGCUUUUACCUUCGUGUCACAGAGGACAAUGUGGAAGGAGUCGAAGAUGAAAACGAUAAGUAUAGUGAGUACGCAACGAAAUUUUGUACAGUGCAGUCUUCAUCAGGCUUCGGUACCUAACGUCAUCUCAUCAAAAUUGACUACAUUGUGAGACAAACGGUCAUAUCGAAAUACCUUAUUGCUACUAAAUCCCCGCCAAAGCGAGGGCCAAUGGCCCUCGAGCAGGUGAGGCUUUUUUAAAAAAUCUGAUCGCUCGAAGAUCGUAAGUGGAUAGCUUAGGGCAGUGAAAUAUCGGUUGGCGAUAUGUCAAUUUAAUGGGUUGGGGGACUCAGCUGACGACAGAAACAGACGGGCCGCACAGCAAAACUGCAGCAAACUAGGUUGUUUUUGCAACGCAUACCCAAUCGAUAACAGUAGGAAAAACAAAUCACUACGUGCCUCUGCGUCUCGAAACUGAUAUAAGAACAAUGUUGGCAGGCACGGUUUUGCACGGGAAAGUUGCUUUUAAUUUCUGAAUUUAUAAAUAUAGAUUACUUCCCUACGAAAGUGGAUCUUCUUGAGAAACUGAAAUUUAUUCUUCACCAAUUGAAAAUAUUUGGGAAAUAUUUACUGUAGACCGUGGAAUGCUUGUGCUUUUCUGAUUUUUUAUGUACAUAUUUAUUUAUUCAUUCAUUUUUCUGGAUGUGAUUUAAUUCCUUGAUCAUGAGUCCUCCCUUUUUGUGACAUGUUUGAUGUUUCUAACAUGCAGUGAUUGCCCUGGGUCAGGAGCCUAUUAGACUCUUGCCGGGGUGUGAUAAUUAAAGCUACUACAUACAAGGACCAUUGACAAAGUAGCACUGAAUAGAGCGCCUUAUCCCUUACUUUUACUGUUUCUGUUGUUGUUGUUGUUGUUUUUUCUUCUAAUUAAGUUGCUUCAAAGGAAAACUAUUAUUAUUAUUAUUAUUAUUAUUAUUAUUAUUAUUAUUAUCGAGAACGCACGUUUUAUCCAAAUCGAUUGCCUGGUUCCUCGAAAGGUGGUUACAUUUAACCCAGGAUUAAGUCAAAUUUUAAGCACGGUUUUCUUGUUUAAAAAUUAACAUGCAACUCCAGUUACAAAAUGCUGUUGGGCGUUCACUCCCAAGAACGGCAAUGAUAACACAAUAUGUUAAUCUAAGCAGUACAUAGGAAGGUAAAAUACAAAAACGGAACAAAAUUUUUAUCUUAGAUUAACGCUAAUCGGCUUUUUGGGAAUCUGUUUUUGUACAUAAAAUAAGAAUUCGCUCUAGUGUGACCAGGGCCUUACUUGCCAAUUUUUUAAAUUUUCCGUUAUGAAUUACAGCCACCUUGGAAAUCAUAUCAGUUGCAGAUGGAGGAACCGCAAUCCGAGGGGAGGCGUCUAAUCGCUACAUUGGAAUGGCUGAUGAUGGUAAACUCGCUACUCGUGUAAGUAUCAAAUGCAGUCGAAACUCCGUAUGCUUAGGCCGUCCACCGCUUUUGAGUACACCAAAUUUUCAUCCAGUCAAAGCUCUGAAGAGUAGUUAUAUUAAUCCUUAAUGGUAGGUGACAAGUGAUGGCAUUUAGCUAAAAUUAAGUUAAGAAAUUCUGCAGAUCAGUUCUUUUCAAUAAAUAAAUUCUCAGUUUUGUUUUUCAUCGCGUUUUUGUUUGUCAAAAUAUGUGAUAAAGCCAAAGUAAAGUUUUAGUACUUUUGUUAGUAAUCGGACGAUUAUGUUAACUUAUUAGGUAUUCUUGAUAACGUAACAGAUAUUAAAUAUAGUUUUACUAAAAUAGCGUUAAUAAAUUGGAUAUGUCAAAAACCAGGUUAGAUGGUUACUCGAAGAAUGCUUUUCAGGGGCACCCAACGACAAUUUUCGGAAAAUAUCUGUUCGGAAGACGAUUUGAGAUCUAGAAUUUUCGGAACAUUUGUUGUAAAAUUUCUUACUUACCUCCUUUCCUAGGAUUUUUCGAACAUCUAAAAAAUGGUAUAAUUGCCCAUUUUUAACGGAUUUUUACCCUUAAAAGGUCACCUAGAAUUUUCGAGAGCCUUUUUUCCGGCUGAAAUUUUCGAAAAGGUAAGUUUUGAUCCCUAUAAUUUUCGGAUCACUAGACUUUCAGCUAGGAAAUUCGAACAUAUGGAAAAUUUUUAGGGGAUAAAAAUAUGCCUAUAUCUACCGUUUAAAUACUAAAAUACGUUUAACAAUGCUAUGUUUAAGUGGUUUUGAACUAUACAUUCUCGUUGGGUGCCCCUGGCUUUUCAAGAACAAUUUGAGGCUGAAGUGAAUGAAAACAUGCCUUACUUGUUGUCGUAAAAAAGGACCUUAAAACAACGUUGUGAUCUUUCAACAGAAGUCUUUAACGGAGGAUUGCAUAUUCAGAGAACAUCGUAGCUUUAAUGGUUACAGCAUGUUUGAAUCCAGUUGCCAUUCUGGGUGGUACCUUGCACUGAGUAAAGAUGGCAGAGCGAAGCCUGGGCCUAAAACCGCUCCGGAUCAAACAGCUGUACAGUUUUUAGAGGCAAAUUUUGAUGAUCAUGCGUCAUGGCUACUUGGUCAUUCUAAACCUUUGGUUUUCAAGGCACAAACCUUUCUGAAGACUGACUAGUACAAGGCAGUUUGAAACUCAUUAGAAAUGUAAGAUCAGUCCUUUUAAAGCCAAAUAGACCGAACAACACUAAACAUUUGGCUUGCCACUCUAAAGUAGGAAAAAAGUCGACGAGGAUACAAAUUUGAUCACUUGAAAUAAACAGCUUUCUUUUCUACU